AUGGUCCCUCAGGAAGAGCUUCCCAUCCUUGAGGCGUUGAUUGGCAUACGUAAUCGCCUGACCGCCUUGAAGAAGGAUACAACACGCUUCAUACGGGCACAAGAUGUCAUGUCCAUAUACAGCUCGGUAGUCAAACAAGUCACCAGACUCAAUACAAUACGAGAUGAGCAGGCAGCCAAAGAAGCUUCUGUCAGUGGUACAGCGGUCGCUUCCUCAUCAAAAGGUGCACAUUCGGGUCUUCCAGAACCUAACCGAGUGGACACCAUACUGGGGGACGUCUUCGGCUUGCUCAGUCUCUUCUUUUUGACCAUCGGUAAGAGCCGAGAAACACCAGCAAUAUACUGCCAGAUUGCUAGUAUGCGAGGAAUACUGUCACAUAUGAACGAGACCGGAGCGUACACCGAGCAAUUCCUGGUGCCCUUCCGCGAGCGACUCAGUCAAUUGAAGCAGAUCCUAAAGCAAGACUCGGAGGAUGGAAAACAUCCAGAACCCAUCGUUCGGCUGAUGAUGCGGAAAUUGGAAGGUGUUGAACGGCAACUGGAUCACCUUAUGGCUUCUUUAUCUGUCCUCUCCGUCGAGCUCGUGACUAUUCACCAACGGCUAGUACAUCUGCGCAAACAGCUUGCUAUAAUGGCGGGCCAGGAGAAGCUGAAUAAGCAAGAGUUCAAGGCUGCUGUGGAAGAGUUGAGAAAGAUCGACUCCAAACGGGUGGACGGGAAGUUUUUAGGUCCGGGAGGAUCAUCUGUUCCUGAAGGACAAGCAUUGCUCUCUGGUCUGCUGGACACCAACUUUGACGUCGUACAGGAUAUCAAGGCCAGAGAGGCGGCGGAUGAUAUCAAUCCAAGCUUGAAGCCUAUAUGGGAGAGAUUGACGGAAAUGAAGGGACAGCUGGAACAGCUAAUGCUCACCCAUCGUUGGACGCUGAGAGAGACGGAUCUAUACAAUUACUCCUUAUCGCUACGGGAGAUUGACUCAAUGAGAGUAGACGGCAAAUUCGUGGAUGCUGAGGGAAACAAAGCUGAAGGGCAAUAUGCAUUGCUUUUCUUACUGCGACGAUGUUAUGGUCUCAUCUAUCGGCUCAUGUCAGAGUCAGAGCCAAUUUCAGAGGAGUUGAUGCCGGUCGCCAAUAAACUAUCCACAAUCAAAAAAUGUCUUAACGAGGUACUCAAGUAUGGUGGGCCAUACUCCCCUCGCGACUUGUAUCCAUACCAUCUCGCCUUGCAUCAGAUCGAUCAACUUCGAAAAGACGGAAAAUUCUACGCGGACGAUGGGAGCAUCCCGGAAGGGCAAGCAAUCCUUGUGGCGCAGUUGAGUGAAGCGCACGAGCUAUUGGAAAUGCUCAAGGAGAGUAUGAGUGAUGAGGAGAACGAAUCGGAUGAUAUGGAUGUGGUGGAUGUGAAAGAUGCGGAUCCGACUGCUGUGGCUGCUGCGUAG